GCAAUAAAAGAUUCUUUUUCAUCAGAAACUAGGAGAUACACGAACCUUUCUUUACACACAUAUAUUCUACUUAUACAAUACAAUAAUAUUAAACACACACACGCAUACAUACAUACAUACAAAGGGUUUCGUGAUAAAACUUUUUUCUCACCCAAUUCUCUCCCUUUUCACGUCAUUGAUUGCUUCUGAUUAGCUUCGCCGGCAGUUAGAGAUUAUCUUUGAACCCUGUUUUCAGAUUAUCUUCUUUCCUUGUUUUUGUUCUUUUGUGCCUUGAUUGAAUUUGGUGUUUUUGGUUUUGAUUGCAGGAAUUAAUUGAUUUUAAAGGUUUUUUGGGGCAAAGGUAGGGUUUUGUUGAUGAUAUCAUUGGUGGGUUAGUCAAGAUUCGGGCCCUUUUUGCAGAUUUCUAAGACAUCAAUGGUGGGUUGGAAAUAAUUGGGGUUUAUCGUGUGCAACGGUCUAGAAUUGGAAAAUUUUUCUAGUUGGGUGAGAACGAAUCGGGGAAGAGAUUCUGAGAGCCUUUUUUGACGAUUUUACGAUCUUGAACUUGAAAAUCUCUUUGGUUUUGGUUGUUAGCUUGUGGUAAUUGUGCUUGUGCCUGUGCUUGUGGGUGUGGAUAUCCAUUGUUUCUUGGGGGAAGAAAAAAUGAGUUCAAAUGUUUCAGAAAGUGUAGUUCAGAGAGGCUCACUUGUGGUUCAUAUUGCUGAGAAUGGGCAUUCGUUUAAACUGGAGUGUGAUGAAAACACCCUGGUCAAGGACGUCCAGCGGUUCCUAGAAUCUGAAUCUGGGAUUCACUUAAAUGACCAGCUUCUUUUAUGUUUGGACAUGAAGCUCGAGUCGCAACAGCCACUUUCAGCCUAUAAAUUACCAUCUGAUGACCGAGAACUGUUCUUGUUCAAUAAGGCGAGAAUGCGAAGUAAUUCAAUGCCUCCUGCUCCUGAACAAGUUGAAAUAGUCGAAUUACCGGACCCUCCAUCACCAUCCUCCUCCCAUAACCCCCAUCCACUGGAUGAUGCUUUGGACCCUGCACUGAAGGCAUUGCCUUCUUAUGAGAGGCAAUUCAGAUACCAUUACCAGUGUGGGCAUGCUAUUUAUAGCCGCACCCAAACGAAAUUUGAGGCUUGUGAGAAGUUCUUGAGAGAGCAGAAGGUGCAAGAGAGGGCGUUGGAGAUCGCUCGGGGUAAUUUGGAUCAUUUCUAUGGGUUGAUUCACCAAAAUUACGUGGAUUUCAUGAAGUGUUACUUGCAGCAGCAUCGGAGCCAUUCCAAUCUUCUGAUGAAUUUUGGGAGAGAUAUAGAGAAAUUGAGAUCUUGCAAGGUUCACCCUGCUGUACAAACUGCUGCACGCAAAUGCUUACUUGAUUUUGUGAAGGAAGAGAACUUGCGAAAGGUGGCAGAGGAUUGUAGCAGUUCACACAGGCAAUUUGAGAAUAAGGUUUCAGAAUUUAAACAGGAAUUCGAAGAACUAAAGCACAGUGUUGAGAAGUUAUUUAGUAGCAAUGCUACAUUACUUAUCAGGGACUUGGAACUUACUUUUAAGGAGCACCAGGGAUAUAUUAAUGAACAAAAAAGUAUAAUGCAAGCUUUGAGCAAAGAUGUAAAUACAGUGAAGAAACUUGUGGAUGACUGUCUGACCAGCCAAUUGUCCCCUUCCCUCCGUCCUCAUGACGCAGUUUCAGCCUUGGGUCCUAUGUAUGAUGGCCAUGACAAAAACUACCUUCCAAAGAUGCAUGCUUGUGACCGUGCAAUUGCCAUUCUGCUUAAUAUCUGCAAGGAUAAAAAGAAUGAAACAAACAUCUUUGUGCAUGAUUACAUGCAAAAGAUAGCAUAUAUUCAAUACACCAUCAAAGAUGUACGUUUUAAGUUUUCGGUUUUCACAGAAGCAAUGAAUCGUCAGAGUGAUCAAUUUGAAUACUUGAGGGUAGUCCGUGGGAUUGGCCCUGCGUACAGGGCAUGCCUUGCGGAAGUAGUGAGAAGAAAGGCUUCAAUGAAGCUCUACAUGGGCAUGGCUGGACAAUUAGCUGAAAAGAUUGCAACAAAGAGGGAGGUUGAGGUCAGGAGACGGGAGGAGUUUCUAAAAGUACAUAGUUCAUUUAUACCUAGGGAUAUUUUAGCAUCCAUGGGAUUGUAUGAUACUCCUAGCCAGUGUGAUGUCAAUAUAACUCCUUUUGACACUAAUUUGCUUGACAUUGACAUAUCCGAUUUAGGCCGUUAUGCCCCUGAAUAUUUAGUUGGACUGCCUUCAAAGAGUGAGAAGCGUGGUAGUUUGAAGAGUUCACUUUCCACGUCUCACAGUAGUUCUUAUUCAGCUGAACUUGAAGAGAAUGCCGUUGACUCUGAGAAAUAUGAGACGGAGGAGCUCCUUGAGGGUUCUGAGUUGGUGGAGAUUGCCGGAACUAGCAAGUUGGAAGUUGAGAAUGCAAAACUGAAAGCUGAACUUGCUUCUGCAAUUGCCGUCAUUUGUACCUUCAGCACUGAAGUUGAAUAUGAAUCACUUGAUGACAGUAAAGUGGAUAGUUUGUUAAAAAAUGCAGCGGAAAAGACUGCUGAAGCCUUGCAUCUGAAGGAUGAGUAUGGGAAACAUCUCCAAUCUAUGCUAAAGGUUAAGCAAAUGCAAUGUGAAUCAUAUGAGAAACGGAUUCAAGAAUUGGAGCAGAGGUUAUCUGAUCAGUAUUUACAAGAACAGAGGAUUCCGGUUGAUAAGAUGGUGUCGAACUUUGCCCAUUCAACUGUGAAGGCUGGUGAUAGCAAGUCAGAUAUCUCGGGUGAUUCAGAAGCCCACAUGCCUUGCAUACCCAUGGAUGAGGUUUCUUGUGUCUCUAAUUCUUUGCUUGCCAAAUUAGGGUUUUUCUCUAAACAGUCAGUCAAAGCUUCUGAAGGCUUGGAUGAGAAUAUGACAGAUUCCUCGUCAAUGCUAAAUCCUCAGUUAGAUUCAUCAAUGCAGGAACCACCUCAUGGUGAGGUGCAGGCCCAUGACAAAGAUGGGAAAGAUACUAUGGCUUCAGGUUUGGGCACACUGGCAACCAGUUGCACUUCUGAGAUUAUGUCUCAGCCCCUAACUAAUUUACCUGCCGAAACAACAGCUGAACAGGGUUUAGAUUCUAAAGCUAGUAGUGAUCUGGUCCUGGAGUUGCAGAAUACACUUGCUGACAAGUCAAAUCAAUUGAGUGAAACAGAAACUAAGCUGAAAGCUCUAGUGGAGGAGGUUUCCAAGCUUGAGAGGGAGUUGGAAAUCAGUCGGAAGCUUCUGGAUGAAUCUCAGAUGAAUUGUGCUCACUUAGAGAAUUGUCUGCAUGAAGCUAGAGAGGAAGCGCAAACCCAUCUUUGUGCAGCUGACCGAAGGGCCUUAGAGUAUAGUGCAUUGCGUGCCUCUGCUGUAAAGAUGCGUAGCCUUUUUGAAAGACUAAGGACCUGUGUUUCUUCAGGUGGGGUGGCUGGAUUUGCUGACUCCUUGCGUGCUCUAGCUCAAUCUUUGGCCAAUUCUGUCAAUGAUAGUGAAGAUGAUGGUACUGCUGAGUUUCGAGAAUGUAUCCGGGUAUUUGCUGAUAAAGUUGGCGUAUUGUCAAGGCACCGUGCAGAGGUGCUUGAGAGGUAUUCAAAGGCCGAAGCUACCAAUGAGCAACUGAAAAAGGAGUUGGAAGAAAAGAAAGAGUUGGUCAGUGCUUUGUACAUAAAGCAUCAACAUGAGAAGCAGGCAAACAAAGAGAAGAUAUCUUUUGGCCGUUUGGAAGUCCAUGAGAUUGCUGCGUUCGUCCUCAACUCAGCUGGCCAUUAUGAGGCAAUAAAUCGGAAUUGCCCCAGCUACUACUUGUCUGCAGAAUCCGUGGCCUUGUUUUUGGACCAUCUCCCAAACCGGCCUACAUACAUUAUUGGGCAGAUAGUUCAUAUUGAACGACAGAUUGUGAGGCCCCCACUGUCUCCUACUUCAGUUCGAGCAGAGUCCAGCAGGGGAGAUCAAGUGAAUUUCUUGACCCCACCUGACACGGGAACGACUCGAUUGUCUUUGAAUUCAGGAUCAAUAUCAAACCCGUAUGGUCUCCCCAUCGGCUGUGAAUACUUCAUAGUGACCGUAGCCAUGUUACCUGAUACAACCAUUCAUUCGCAGCCUCCUUCCUGAUCUAGCGAAAACAAAGAUAGACAUGAUGGAAGAAAAACCAAGUGUACAUAUUAUAUUUAUAUAAAUAUGAAACAUCAAGUAAAGAUAAAAAUGCUGAUAAAGAUGAUGAUGGUGGUGGUGGGAGUUAAGUUGAUUUCCUUUAUGUACAGCUGAUGAUCUAUUCAGUUUAAUCUCCCCCAUUUUGUAUGUAUAACUAAUAGCUAAUCUUUUGGUUUAUCUAUGGACUGUGAAUAUUCAUCCCA